AUGGUCGAGUGCCACGAUGGGAGGAUUCAGUUGUCGCAGACAUGUGCUCCAGGCGUCUGCGCGGUCGAUGACGAGAGGCCCAUAGGAGAUGCCGUCUUCUGCGCUGGUGAUCUGGACUUCGAGUCUGAGGACGCAGACUAUAACGGCGUUGACUAUGACAUCGAAUCCAACGAUGAGCCUAUAGAGGAUGAGGAGGAGGACUCCCUGGUAGAGUGCGGCCCUGUAUAUGGGCCAACUGGUCACUCCUGUGAUGCUCAGACCGAGGGUCAGACCUUCUGCGACUUCGAUUGCAAGAACAUUCCUUCUGUGUUUGAUCGUCCUCACUGUGCCGCUGUGCAGCCUGACUAG